UUUUGAUUCGAUUGAUAUUCGAACGCGGAAGUGGUUUCGUGUAUUGACGCUCGCAUUGCGAAACAUGUCCAAUUGUUAUUUUAGAAAUAUAUAAACAUGUCCAAAUUAUGGUGAAUAACUCGUCGGCCCCGUAGUAAGAAAAGCAAACCUAAAAUAUGGCCUCGCGAGGAGACAAAGGGAAUGGAAAUGGCGAGGAGCAGAUCGUUGAGACGUUGGCGGAGGUGUUCCGCUGCUUCAUCUGUAUGGAGAAGCUGGUGGACGCACAUCUCUGCCCGCACUGCUCCAAGCUGUGUUGCUAUGCCUGUGUGCGACGAUGGCUGACUGAGCAGCGAUCGCAGUGCCCGCACUGUCGGGCAGCCCUGCACCUACACGAGCUCGUCAAUUGUCGCUGGGUGGAGGAGGUCACCCAGCAGAUCGAGACCAUGCAACAAAGCAACUCAGCUAGUCAGAGGGAAAGCUUCAGGGAUAGGUGUCCGACACACCAAGAGAAGCUGACGGUAUAUUGUUGGACAUGUCGGCGCUGCAUCUGCCACCAAUGUGCUCUGUGGGGCGGAACUCACUCUGGACACACCUUUAAACCCUUAGAGGAAGUGUAUGAGCAACAUGUCACCCAAAUCCGUGAUGAAGUGUUCCAGCUGAGGCGUAGGCUCACGGAGUUGAUUAGUCUGGGGCAAGAUGUGGAACGUAAUGUGGAAUCAGUACGCGCAGCCAAAGACGAACGCGUGCGCGAGAUCCGCAAUGCCGUAGAGCUGAUGAUAUCGCGCCUAGAUUCUGCGCUGAAGGCCAAACUCCUCACACUAAUGGGCCAGAAGAAUAGCCUAACGCAGGAGACAGAACAACUGGAACAUCUCCUGCAAGAGAUUGAACAUCAACUGCAUUCAAGUACCAGGUCGGAAUUAAUUGCGAAGAGUGGUGAACUGUCAAAGAUGAUUCACCAGGUUCGCAAGAAGCCGAUGGCAAGUUUCGUGACUGCGCCGGUACCGGCCGAUUUCCAUAGUGAAAUUGUCCCGAGCUACGAUAGCAGCACGUUUCCGCUGAGCAACUUUACCCAGCUGCAGCACGCGGCGGCGCCCGUGUACUCCGCCCCGCUGCACGUCAACGGGCUCUGCUGGCGCCUCAAGGUGUACCCCGACGGGAACGGGGUCGUGCGAGGCAACUAUCUCUCCGUCUUCCUCGAACUCAGUGCUGGACUACCCGAGACGUCCAAAUACGAGUAUCGAGUGGAGAUGUUGCAUCAAGUGUCCCGCGACCCCUCAAAGAACAUAGUCCGGGAGUUCGCUUCAGACUUCGAAGUCGGCGAGUGCUGGGGCUACAACCGCUUCUUCAGGCUGGACCUGCUCGCCAGUGAGGGGUAUCUGGACCCUGAGACUGAUACCCUUAUACUCAGAUUCCAAGUGCGUCCGCCAACGUUCUACCAGCGAUGUCGCGACCAGCAGUGGUACAUCAACCAGUUGAUCACCAUGCAAAACCAACACAUCCUGCAGAUAAAUGAUCUCAAAGAGCGUCUCUCAUUGGAGAUGUCUCGCAACUCUAUCGCGGCGACCCGCGCACAGACCGGCUCAAAUACUUCGCAGUCCAACGCUGGCAGCAAUGACACGGACAACCCCUCGCAGAAUAAUCCCGUCGAUGGAAACAGUCUCAGCGAUUCUAUCGUGUUCGGAAACCAGUGGAAGUUUAGCGCGCCACAUAGCAUCAUGAGCGGACAACGACUCGCUAGUCCUGGCGUGGGCGUGGUGUCGUGCGGGGAGUGCGCGGGUGCGCGGUGCCCGGCGGAGGAGUCGCGCAACAACGACGUGGCGGCGGGCGCGGCGUACGGCGACUACCGCCACGCCGCGCACGCCACACACGCGCUCGACGCGGGGUACAACCUGCCCUCCACCUCCAGGUCUGCGAACUCCCUGCACGUGUCGGGCACGGACAACAUGGCGCUGGUGUCGCUGCACACGCUGCUGAGCGCUGCGCAGGCGCCGGCGCGCGUCCCCACCAAGCUGCCCGGCAAGCGCCAGCCCGACCCGCGCACAGACAAACAUCACGUGCCCAGCAAGGACUCGCACCUCACUGUAGCGAGCAGCCCUGCGACGGAGCCAGGCGGCGCGGCGGGGGCGGCGGGGGCGGCGGGCGCGGCGGGCGGCGCGGCGCUGUGCGCGUCCGUGUCGUCCCCCGAGCUCAACGCGGCCGCCAAGCUGGACCCCGACCCCGCCCAGCAUCCCAUGCACGCCGUCUCCGAGACCAGCAGCGACACCGGCGAUUUGAUGUUCAGCGAAUUGGAAGUAUUUGCUGAUGAAAAUACUCCAAGUCACGUGGACGAGAACUCCAAUGAAGAAAACGAUGUCGACGAUGAAACUAUGUCAGGCGAGAACGACAUCGAGGCGGCGCACCUCGCCGGGGGCUCCAGUGGGUCGGGGGCCGACAUACUGCGGCGUCUCGUCUGUGCCGUGGCGUCCCGCGGGGUCACCCCGGCGGGGACGGACGGCUCCGGCCCCCCCGCCGCGCCCAGGCACGACCCCGACCCGCAGCUGUCCACCGCCGCGCAUACUGACAUGCUACUGCUCAAUCUUAUGCGUAUCAACGGACUCACGCCGAAGCACUCGCGACAUGGCGGCAGCAAGCGGCAGUGGAGCAGUAGUGCGGCCGGCACCGACUGCGGCGGGGGCGCCACGCGCCGUGGCCCCGCGCCCAGCGGGGGGGCGCGCCCCCGCACGCGGCCCGCCACCUCGCCCGCCGCGCCCCGCCAGCGCCGCGCGCCCCCGCUGUCGCCCGGACAGCUGCGACAUCGGGACACUAGGCACCCAGCCACGUCGUGCCUGGGCCUAAGCUUCACGUCGACCCCGCCGGGCACGCCGGAGCGGUCGGCGCUGUCGCCAGUAUCGUCGCUGGCGCUGCACGACUACUGGCCCUCGGUCUCGUCCGUCAGCGACGCGGACGACGUGGAGGCCGUCCUCGAUUACAACGUAAAUAACGAUGUUCAGCUUAAUGAUACGUUGUUCGACAUGCUGCUGAACAGCCUGGCUAUAGACGGCGGCGCGGGCGAGGCGCUGGGGGCGGAGGCCCGGCCUGCCACGCCGCCGGUGCAGCCGUGGAGCCCGGCGCAGCCCCCGGACCGCGCGGAUUGACCGCAGCGCCGCGCCCACGGCCGCCGCCGCUACCGCCGCGAGUACCACCACUGAGCUCCCCCCCCUCCCCCCUCGCUCGCCGUCGAAGUCGCGGCUGACGUCUCGGACGUAGUGGGCCGGCGCCGAAAGUAUCGACAGGCAGGCCGCCUCCCCCGGUCGCUCCCCGUAGCUCUGCGUCGCUCCCCGCGCUCUAUCUUGUGUUCCUCCGAGUGGCCGAUCUAAGCUCGCCUCUCAGUCGUAGGAACGUUUUGUUAGAUUUAAUUUGGCACGAAUAUACUCUUUAUGAUAUUUGAGUGUGCCACCUCUUAAGUUUUUUGAGGGAUUCGUGUCUCCUCGUCACCUAGGUAGUUAGAUAACCACGUAUAAAAAGUACGGGCAUUAGGUAAAAGACUCAAAAUUGAAACGAUCUCUUUAUAUUUAUUUUUUUAGUAAUUAUUAAUGUUUAUCAGUACAAUUAAUUACUAGGGUGAAACGAGUCUGAUUCGCCUGCUAAAAUGUUAUAUUAAAGUGCUAUUUUUUUCUAUGAUAUGAAAUAUUUUUGUAAAUUCCCAGCCUCGUCAUUGUCCUAAACGCUUACUAGAAUUUGCAUUUACUUUAAAAGUCUGUUUCCUAAGAACUAUAUCCCAAUUUCAGCUCAUUAACGCUUGCCAUCAUGCCGGGAGUAAUAUAAGUAUUCCAUUUGUAUUUGUAGAGCUUGUUAGACAGUUUGACUCAAUGUAGGAAACUUAUUGAUGUUCGUUUUACUAAAAAUACAUAUAUACUCAAUAGCUGUUUUUGAAACUAUAGUAAUGCUAAGCUAUCGUGUCCCCGUCGAGAGGUACAACAUGAAGUACAGGCUCCUUCAAAUAUGAUUACAUGAGCGCAAUGUACUGGAAGCAAGUGCGCUCUCGAUGCGUGACACGAUAUUUUCUCUUCAAUUAAGUUACGAGUGUCAUUUGGUGUCGAUAGUUCAAAUAAUAUUGAUGUUUGUUGUGAUUGUAUCGAUCUCCGGUCGCACCGGGCGUAGUUGUCAAUGUUAAGUAUUUAAUCUGUUAUAUUAGUUAGGGAAGACAUGACUGAAAAGUUCAAAGUGUGUGAUUCAGUAAGGUUACGAUGAGGGUCGAGAUAUGGAGUAGAGUUAAGCACGUUUUAUGUAUUAGUUGCUGUGUUGACAAAAUUAUCAUAUUAAUAUAUUGGAUUGCAUUAUCGAAUUAACAAUACAUAGGAAUUUUAGCCAAAUAAAUAUAAAAUUGAAAAAAAAAAAGGAAUUUUAUUGGUACAAUGUAACUUUCUAAUUUUCCGAGAUGUAAUAUUUUAAUUAUUUAUUAUAUUUUUAUUCCAUAAUAGUAACAAAAAGUUAUGUAUUGAUGUUAUGAUUAAAUGAAUGUAAUACAUAUUAAUAAAACGUCA